AUGGCUUUUCCCCCAUUCCUCAUGCUUCCCCUCCUCGACCAAAACACCCAAGAAAUCAAUGGCCUCUCUCUCUACAGCCUCAAAGACAAGAAACCCCUCAACCUCGGAUUCCUCGAAAACCUCAGAAACCCCCAAUGCGUGGGCUCUUCCCACCCCCAAUGCGUGGGCUCUUCCCACGGCUGGCUAGCUUUCUUGGACGAAAAAGCAAACCCUUUUCUCCUCAACCCCUUCACCAAAGCCCUAAUCCAUCUCCCUCCAAAACCAUCCAAGAUUUCCAAACUAAUCCUCUCCAGAAACCCCUCCUCCCAUCCCAACACCUACGCCGCCGUCGCCAUGCACAUGAAUUUCCGGUUAGAAACAAACCUCUCCUUCUGCAGAAACGGAGACGCCGCGUGGAGGCUCCUCGACGGCCAAGGCAAGACCUACUACGACGUCGUCUGCUGCAGCGAGACGAACACCCUCUUCGCGCUGGCUCCGGGCCCCCGCGUCGAAUCAUGGGACCUGAACGAAGCUUCUCCGAAGAAGACGAUGAUAAUCGAAGGAUCUUGUCCGAGAAUGCUGCAGCUGGCCCUGAAAAACUUCCCGGUCGAUCUCUACUCUUCGCAGUGGUACCUUGCGCUGUCCCCGGCGGGGGAGAUAUUCAUGGCCGUGAGGUACAUCGGGGAGUUUGUGAAUGGCGACGGGGAGGCGGUGUACGAGGGCGACACGCUCACGGACUACAUGGCGGCGCCGCUGGUGUGCCCGUACAGAACGGCGGGGUUUCGCGUGUUUAGGGUUGAUGCGGGGCGGAGGGAGUGGGUUGAUGUCGACUGCCUCGAUGAAUUUGCGCUGUUUUUGGGCGGGAAUGAGUCGGUGAUGGUGCCGGCCGCGGGCGCGGGGUUGAAGAGGAGCGCUAUUUAUUUCACGGAUGAUUAUUGGGAGAGGAUUGAUGAAGACUACAGCUAUGGAGGGCAUGAUUUGGGAGUUUUCAGCAUGGGAGAUGGCACUAUUGAAACCGUUUUUGAUUUUGAGGAGGACAAGAUUGAGCUGCCGCCGUUUUGGAUCACUCUUCCUCGCGAUGAAUACCAAUACUGA